GUUAAAAGUGAGUAGAAUUCAAAUCUUUUCUGAAAUUUUAUGGUUUCGAAAGAUAUUUGGCUAAUCCAAGGUAUCAAAUAUGUCGAUAGAUGCAUGAAAGACCAACUACUUUUACAUUUCACAAAAUAUAGAAAUUAAUCCAAAUAUUUUAAGAUGAUAUCACAGCCAUAACGUAUACAACGUGAGAUGUGGUGGAUAAAACGCCGGGUGGCUAGUGGCUACCUAAAACUCUUUCAUGUAGCUUUAAAUGUUUCAUAUCUAGAGUAGAAAUUAGCUGUUUUACCUAUACAGUUUAUCAAAAGUAAAUAUAAAGUACAAAACCCUAAAAAAAAUUAAAAAAACAUUUUUACCAAAAAAUUUUAAAAAAUAUUUAUAAAACAAAAACUGAAAAAGUUUUUUAUAAAUAUAUAGAAGCAAAGGCGUAAUUAAAGAGCAUUAAUUAAACUCUUACAAAUUCUUCACUUCUUCUUCUAGGGUUCCCACAAUUAAAGUCUUGUUUCUCAAGACAGCAAACAAUGGAGAAUGAAACGAGUGACCAACAGAGACAACUGAUCUCAGCUUUUCUCGAGAUCAAUGUUAGUCAAACAGUGGAAAUCGCAAUACAGUUCCUUAAGGCAACAAACUGGGAGCUCGAUGAAGCCAUUAACCUCUUUCACAUCCAAAGAAUAAAUCAACCUUUGCCCUAUAAGGAUACUCUUUAUGAUUCUUCCAUGUAUCACACUUCUUCGGUCGCAGUAUGUCCUAAUGAUAUCUGGGACUCCGGUUCUAGAUUAUCUUCCUUGUAUCGUCCUCCUCUAAAUUUGCUUUUCAAUGGUUCGUUUGAAGAUGCGAAAUCAACUUCCUCUAGAGAAGAUUUAUGGUUACUUGUCAACCUCCAAUCCACGACAGAGUUUGCUUCUCACACACUUAACCGAGAUUUAUGGUCAAACGAUGUUGUUUCUCAUGCCAUCGAGUCAAGAUUCAUCUUAUGGCAGGUCUAUGAUCAUACCAACGAAGGACAAAAGAUAUCUACUUGAUACGAGAUCGACACUGCUCCUCCUGUGGUGCUCCUCAUUGAUCCCAUCACUGGCCAGAAGAUGCGUACGUGGAGCGGUAUGAUUUAAGCUCAUUAUUUUCUCGAGGAUUUGAUGAUUUAUAUUGAUGCUGGUCCUUGCCAACAAAUUGCUUCUAUGACAAGCAACCACGUUGAUCAAGAUAAGGCUAGUUUAUGUUGUUCCUUCGGAUAGCUUUUUGAGCUAGUUUCAGGAUUUUGUUUUGAACAUUAAAUUGUUGUUGAAAAUAUC